AUGAAACCUGAAUAUAUCAAUAGUUUAGAUCUUGAGCCACAUGCCUGUUUGAGAUGCCAGGGAGAGAGCAAGAAAGAUUCGUACGGCAAACAAGACUGCGUCGUCGUCUGGGGUGAAUGCAAUCAUAGCUUUCAUUUUUGUUGCAUGUCACUUUGGGUGAAGCAAAAUAAUCGUUGUCCGCUCUGCCAACAGGAGUGGUCCAUUCAACGAAUGGGGAAGUAG